AAACUGACACUUGUCAAUUUUCGCGGUAUGUUUGCAGAUUGCGGUUGCUUUGUCCGACACAUAUAAUAAUUUGUGUAUUUCAUUGUAUUUAAACGUUAAUUUCUAUUGAGGAUUGCGACUAGCACACCAGCAGUAAUAUAGUGUUCAAAUUGACAGUGGUAAGACCGGCUUCAUAAUGAGUCACAAACUUUCCGAAGGAUCUCUGGAGGUGAUAAUGAAUGGUGGACAUUACGAUAGGCCAGUCAUGCAAGUACUAGGCAGUAAAAAGAUUCAAGGAAGCGGUGCAAAUGAGAGGUUCCGAUUACUUGUGUCUGACGGCAAGCAUUCUCACAGCUUUGCUAUGCUUGCCACGCAACUUAAUGAUAAGCUGAUCUCCGGUGAACUGUCUGAUUACUCGGUUGUUCAGAUUGAUCGCUUUGUGACGUCACUGCUGAAAAAUACUGGCAAGGGAGAGAAGCGUGUUAUGAUAAUAUUAGAUAUUACAAUUCUUUCCCCUGGGAGUGAAGUGGGUAAAAAGCUGGGUAACCCCGAGACGUGGACGGAGGAGUCAGCGGCGGCGGCGCAGGCGAGCACGUCGGCGGCGCCUCGCCCCGCGCCCGCCGCGCCGUCACCGCAGCUCAAGCCGCAACCUACGCAGGCACCUAACUUGGACUCCAGCUUACUGUCUGCACAGAUGACACAUCCUAUCUCAAGCCUAAGCCCCUACCAGAAUAAAUGGGUGGUUAAGGCUCGUGUGAUGAAUAAGUCGGACAUAAAGACAUGGAACAAUGCCCGCGGAGAAGGAAAAUUGUUUAGCAUGGACCUGUGCGAUGAAAGUGGAGAAAUAAGAGCCACGGCCUUCAAAAACGAAUGUGAUAAAUUUUAUGAUAUGAUUCAGAUCGACAAAGUAUACUAUAUAAGCCGCUGCACACUUAAAACAGCAAAUAAACAGUACACUAGUAUUAAAAACGAUUAUGAGAUGACUUUCACACCGAAUACAGUGGUCGCCGAGUGUAUGGAAGACUCGUCAACGGUUCCCUCUGUUAAAUACGACUUCCUACCAAUCAAUGACAUCGCCAGCAAGACUCCAGACACAUUACUCGACAUUGUUGGCGUCUGCAAGUCCGCCGCCGAUCUCCAAGAGCUUACUGCUAAGAGUUCAGGCAAACUACUGAAGAAAAGGGAGGUCACACUUGUCGACAACUCUGGUGGCGCUGUUGGACUGACAUUGUGGGGUAAAGAGGCUGAAAACUUUGAUGGCUCCACUAACCCAAUUUUAGCAAUAAAAGGUGCCCGUCUCACCGAAUUUAACGGUAGCAAGUCUCUAUCUUGCUUGGCGAGUACCAUGAUCCGCCAGAACCCGGAUCUUCCCGAAGCCCACAAGUUAAGGGGCUGGUACGACAACGGCGGUGCCGACAUGGAAAUCGUCAAUAUCUCAGCCAGGGCUGGAGGCUAUUCCGGCGGCAGCAGCGAGUGGAUCAGCUUCGCGGACGCGGAGGCGCGCCAGCUGGGCGCCGGCGAGAAGGGAGACUACUACAGCCUGCUCGGAGUCCUCACCUUCACCUUCGCCGACAACGCAGUGUAUAAAGCCUGCCCUCAAGAACAGUGCAACAAGAAACUUGUCGACCAAGAGAACGGACUGUAUCGAUGCGAAAAAUGCAACAGAGAAUAUCCUAAUUAUAAAUAUAGACUUCUUUUGGCGGCUAAUGUAUCAGAUCCCACGGGUGACCAGCGCAUAACGGCAUUCAAUGAAGCGGCGGAGGCCAUGCUCGGCAAGAACGUGGCCGACAUCGGCCAGAUGUUCGAGUAUGACAAGACGGCGUACACGCAAAUGUUCGAGGAAGUCAAGUUCAAGACCUUCGUGUUCAAGUUCCGAACUAAGAUGGAAACUUACAACGAUGAGGCUCGUCUCAAAACCACUGUCGUAAGCGUUCAACCAGUAGACUUCAAGGAUGCCAACAAGAGAUUACUUGCAAGCAUAAAGACCCUUACAGGCAUAGAAGUAUAAUUAGUUGUAUUUGUAUUAUUUUAUACCGAUAGGUUAUAAGUCAUCAGCAAACAACUGAGCUCGGUUUUAGCUUUACUCCGAGACCAGCUGAUGGUGAAGACAAAAGUACUGUAGUGAGAAACUUACCAUUGUUAUUUUUUUUGGAAUUUCUGUUCUGAACUAUAAAUAUUGUAAUGUUAUGGGUACUUUACAACUGGGCUUGACUAUAACAGCUCCUACCAAGAUUUUUGAGAGAUUGGCAAACAUAAUCUUUAUUAGCUGCACAAUAUAUUUGUCUUCUGUUUCACAUCUCACUGUGCCUUAUCCUUAGUAUUUCUCUUAUUUUAAAGAUACUGUUAUUGUUAUUCUAAUACAGAUUCUUAAAACCAAUUAAUAAAAAUAAUUAUGAUUGAUAAAAUUGAUCAUGUAAUAAUUGAUAUUAGUAUUAUAAUUAUGCUGGCAUACAAUACCAAAUCCGAAUGCUGUAUUUUCAGUAAUAAAUCUGUUAUUUUGUACUACA